AUGGAGGCCGACGAGCAGCUAUUCCCUAUCGCCAUCUUGAUCGAUGAGCUCAAGUCCGACGAUGUUACCCUCCGUCUCAAUGCCAUCCACCGCAUCUCGACUAUCGCACUAGCACUCGGACCUGAGCGCGCUCGUGACGAGCUCAUCCCUUUCCUGCAGGACUCUCUCGAUGACGAAGACGAAGUUUUGCUCGCGCUCGCACAAGAGCUCGGUUCGGGCUUUGUUGAAUACCUUGGUGGCCCUUCAUAUGCACACCUUUUGCUCGGACCCUUGGAAAACCUCGCCGCUGUAGAGGAGAGCGUUGUUCGCGAGAAGGCAGCCGAGUCGAUCGUCAAGAUUGCCGAGGUCCUCUCCGAAGCACAGAUUGAAGAGCACUACAUCCCUUUGUUGAAGCGUCUUUCUGGUGGCGACUGGUUCACAUCGCGAACUAGCUCCACUUCGCUUUUCUCUGCAGUCUACCCCAAGGCCAAGCAAGCUACACAAGAGGAGCUUCGCAAGAUGUUCACCGCCCUCUGCAACGACGAUACCCCUAUGGUCCGACGAGCCGCCGCACGCGAUCUCGGUCCUUUUGCAAAGAAUCUCUCCAAGGAGCUUGUGGUCUCAGACAUCAUCCCUCUCUACCGAAAGCUGUCCUCUGACGACCAGGAUUCGGUCCGUUUGCUGACCGUACAGGACCUGAUCGCCAUUGCAGAAUCUCUCAGCCACGACGAGUCUAAGAACUACCUACUCCCAUCCAUUCGCAGUGCUGUUCAGGACAAGAGCUGGAGGGUACGAUACAUGGUGGCGGAUCACUUCGUCAAGCUUGCUUCCGCCGUUGGUGAGGAUGUCAUACGCGACGAGCUUGUCAUGGCAUUCGUCCAUCUUCUCAAGGACAACGAGGCUGAGGUGCGAACAGCUGGUGCUGGUCAGAUUCCUGGCUUCGCUAAGCUGGUCGAUCAGGACAUCAUAUUGGCACGACUGAUGCCUUGCGUUCGCGACCUUGCAGGCGACAACUCGCAACAUGUGCGUGCCGCCCUUGGCAUGCAGAUCUCCGGUCUUGCUCCUUUGCUCGGCAAGGAGGCAACGAUCGAGCACCUCUUGCCCUUGUUCUUGCAGCUCUUGAAGGACGAGUUCCCCGACGUCCGUCUCAACAUCAUAUCCAAGUUGGAACAGGUCAAUGAAGUCAUUGGCAUCGACCUUUUGUCGCAGUCGCUUCUGCCUGCGAUCGUCGAGCUUGCUGAGGACAAGCAGUGGCGUGUUCGACAGGCCAUCAUCGAGUACAUUCCCCUCCUCGCCAACCAGCUUGGCGUUCAAUUUUUCAACGAACAGCUCAGCAACCUUUGCAUGUCGUGGCUCGGUGACACAGUCUUCAGCAUCCGAGAAGCCGCUACAGUCAACCUCAAGAAGCUCACUGACGUGUUUGGUGUGGAAUGGGCGAGACAGACCAUCAUCCCCAAGGUUCUUCAGAUGGGCACACACCCUAACUACCUCUACCGUAUGACCACCAUCUUCGCCAUUACCACCAUGGCACCUUCGCUCGACACACCAGCCAUUACCGGCGACGUUCUUGAGACGGUGCUGCCCAUGGUGAGCGACCCUAUUCCCAACAUCCGUUUCAACGUGGCCAAGGCAUUCGAGGUGCUUUCGAGCGUGCUGAUCAAGACACCAGAAGGCAAGGAGGUCAUCACAGCCAAGAUCACACCAGCGUUGGAGAAGCUCAAGGAGGACUCGGAUGCCGAUGUUCGCUUCUUUGCACAGAAGGCGCUCGACGCGGCGAACCAGCAAGCGUGA